AUGUGCACUUUAGAGAAGAGAGGCAAUAUCUAUAUCCUUACUUUAACUGGCUCGGAUGAGCACCGGUUAAACCCUAACCUCAUUGACUCCAUCCGCUCAGCGCUGCGUCGUGUUCUUGCUGAGCCAGCUUCCCCAUCCUCAGCUCUCAUCACCAAAGCCGAAGGCAAGUUCUUCUCCAAUGGCUUCGAUCUUGCCUGGGCUCAAUCAUCCCAACCACGUCUGGAACUCAUGUCCGCAAAGCUUCAGUCACUGGUAUCAGAAUUGAUAUCUCUGCCUAUGCCAACAAUAGCUGCAGUCACUGGCCAUGCAUCAGCAGCUGGAAUGAUCUUAGCUUUGAGUCAUGACUAUGUGCUCAUGAGGAAGGACAGGGGGUUUCUUUACAUGAGCGAGCUUGAUAUUGGACUUGUGUUGCCGGAUUGGUUCAUGGUGUUAUUGAAGUGCAAGAUCGGAGAUUCCAAAGUCACGCACGAGGUAGUUUUGACAGCAGCAAAAUUGACAGCAGAGAUGGCUGCAGUGAGGGGGAUUGUGCACUCGGCGCAUGAUAGUGCGGACGAGACAGUUGAGGCAGCUGUUAGGUUGGGGCAGGAGUUGGUGAAAAGAGGGUGGGAUGGUAACGUGUAUGGGAAGAAUAGGAUGGUGGUUUUGAGUGAGGCUUUGGAAAAAAUAGGGAAUAUGCCAGGGGAGAUUAAGACCACAUCAAAACUGUAA